UUUGUUUCAGGUAUAUCUCAAACACGUGACUGAUAAAUGGAAAAUAUACUCAAGUUCACCAUCUUCUUUUGCUGUUUUUUACACUGCAUCCACUGUGAAAUGCCCGAUCACGGCUGCACUCUGAACUGUACUGGUGACAUGCACCCGAAGGACCCCUCGAACGACCUGGCGGUGUCGCUCAACUCCUUGCUGGUGACGUUCGCUCCGCCUUCACCCCCGGUCUUUCUGACGGACAAUUCCAGCGUCAUCACCGCCCAAAAAGGCAGCACUGCCCUUGUACCCUGCGUCGUCAGCAAUAUUGGCGACGGAGUGAUAUCUUGGAUUAGGAGGAAAGACUAUCACUUGCUGACAGUCGGACUCACAACGUAUACGGGUGACGAAAGGUUUCAAACCAUUCACGUCCAACAUUCAGAGGAUUGGACGCUACAAAUUAAAUAUGUUCAAAUUAGGGAUGCAGGGCUUUACGAAUGCCAAGUGACAUCGCAUCCACCCGCUAGUAUAUUUGUAGAGCUCAAAGUAGUCGAGGCGCGAGCCGAGAUCAACGGGGAGACGGACAAGUUCCUGCGGAUCGGCUCGGCGCUGCCCGCCGGUCUACGUGUUCUGGUACCACAACAACCGGAUGGUCAACUACGACCUGGACCGGGGCGUCAACGUCACCUCGGACUUGGCCGCCAAGACGAGCUCCCUCUUCAUCGGACGGGCCACCCGGGACCACGCCGGCAACUACUCCUGCGUCCCCAGCAACGCCCAGCCCGCCAGCACCUUCGUCCACAUACUCAACGGUGAAAACCCAGCUGCAAUGCAACACGGAGGAAAGGGACCCAGCUGGCUCCAAUGCCCCUCUCUGUGGCUCAUGUUAGCGUGUAUAUUCUUCUCAUCGUCUUUGUCUAAAACGUAGUAUUUUGAAAAUUGUCUUUUGUAAAUAAAAAUCGCGUUAAGUUAAUUUUAUUAUACUUGAUCAGUUAAGUCAAUAAAUAUUUCAUUAGAUUCGA